UUCGUGUCAGGUUUCAUAGCCUAGAUUCUCUCACCAUUGGCUGCAGAUCAUUGUUGCCGUGGUUACUGAGGCCUAGUGCUAUCCGGAGCCUUUGGAAGGAAUGGAGCUGGAGGAGCCCAGCAAGACGGUUAUUCCCUCAGAUCUGGGCGCUGGGGUUCGGGAUGAAGACCUCUGCCCGUCUACUGUCCCUGAGCUGCUUAGAGCACUAUGGGAUGAACCCGAGAACCAGAAACGGAAUCUCGGAGGCCGUGUGAAGUCUCACCGACAGCACCGAUACAGAUUAUGUCCCCUGGGGAGGGAGAGCUAUGCUCUCAGGAAGUUAAGAGAAGCAGCAAAUGGGAAUGAUAUAGAUACAGUCCAACAUUUGCUAGAUGAAGGAGCAGAUCCAUGUGCGGCUGAUGACAAGGGCCGCACUGCACUGCACUUUGCUUCCUGCAAUGGAAACGACCAAAUUGUGCGUAUGCUUCUGGACCAUGGUGCUGAUCCAAACCAGAGAGAUGGGCUAGGGAAUACACCAUUACACUUAGCUGCAUGCACCAGCCAUGUUCCAGUAAUUACAACACUUUUACGUGGAGGUGCCAGAGUGGAUGCCUUGGAUCGUGCUGGCCGAACCCCCCUUCACUUAGCCAAGUCAAAGCUGAACAUCCUGCAGGAUGGAAAAUCACAGACCCUGGAAUCUCUGCGACUGGAGGUGAAACAGAUCAUCCAGAUGUUGCGGGAGUAUUUAGAGAAGCUGGGCCAGCAGGAGCAGACCGAACAGUUAGAUCAAAUUUGUUACAGACUACAGAGGACAAGCACUAAGGAACAGGUGGACGAGGUGACAGAGCUUCUGGCCAGCUUCACAUCCCUUAGCCUCCAAAUACAGAACAUGGAAAACAGGUAGCCAGACUUGUGACUACUUCUGUACUACAUGAGGAACUCCUGGAGUUUUCCAGUCACCUGUUUACUGUCUUACAAUCGUGGACUGUUGGCUACCUUGAUUAUGAUCUAAGUCUAGCUGUAAUGUUGAAAUGUCUGCGGGUCCCUAAUGGCAAACCUUAAAUCUGAACUUCAGGAUC